AUGUCUUUGAAAAUGGAAACAGUUUUUGCAUUGGUUGUAGUUUGUCGUUUAUUGUUCUCAAAUAUUGUAACAUAUGCAGAUAACUUCAACAACUGUAGCCCAGGUUUGUGCUCUGAUCCUCCCACUCAUGACACAUCAGAACACUGUUCGUGUCGUCCAGACUGUUACAUCUACAUGGAAUGUUGUUCUGUCAUGAUUAAUAAGAGCACUUCUAAUCACAAACAUUCCUAUCCAUCACUAUAUUACAGCUGUAGAACAUUCGGCAAACGUUAUGAUCGUAAAACUUUGACCGUUGACCGCCUAACAAUGAUGUUACGGAAAGAAUUUAUUCUUUGGAAUCUUUUAUAUGGAUGCGACUCCAUCUCUGAUGUAAGCUUUGAAAAUAUAACAAAUUAUCUCAAGAAGGAAAUGUGUUGGGCAGAUGUGAGACCUCCAGAAGAUUUGAAGAAAUAUUUGUAUUCUUGUAUUCCAUUUAUUUCGAGUUGUCCACAAGAUAGUAAUAAAGAACAAACGGUGGCAUGUGAGUCUGAGCCAAUGGCGUUAAUAUAUGUAAAUAGGGUGUUUUACAAAAAUAAUGACUGUGCCAAAUGUAAUGGGGUUUUAGCUCCGUGUAAUCAAUUUUAUACUACUUUCGAGCCCUCGAAAUUUAUUCCUGCACUGACAAUCCUAUUCUAUUACAACACGAAUUCCUUUAUGGUAACAAAUGAACAGACCAGUACAAAUCGUAUCGGUGUACUGAGGACCUCAUGUCCAAAGGACGCUGUCUACGAUAUCAAUACCAAUCAAUGUCGACAAGUUAUCUACCAUCCUCCACUAAACUGUACGACAACAAGAUUAAAUGAAUCUGAGUAUUACAUUACUAGUGAUGGUCGUCUCUACUUAAAUAAUACCCAACGUUUUCUAAACCAAUCAGAAUUCACUCGUGAUUCUCAAGGUAUAAUAAGUAUCUGUGGAAACAAUGAUACCAAUAAUAUAUCAAAUAUCAAUGGUAUAUCAAAAUAUUCCGUAGCUGAGAGCUAUAUCACAUUAGUGGGACUCGUAAUCUCUAUUCCAGCUCUAGCAAUCAGCAUUAUAGUCUAUCUCUGUAUACCUGAUCUCCGUUCCUUACCAGGUAAAUUGCUCAUUAGCCUUUUGUCAGCACUGUUUGUAGCUGAGCUUCUAUUUCUUAUCUCGUCACGAGUCACUAAAUCUACAGUACUAUGUACAUCUUUAGCUGCAGUAAUGCAUUAUUCGUUUCUAGCCACUUUCUUCUGGAUGAAUGUCAUGUCAUUUGAUGCUUGGUACACUUUCUCGGGACUCACACAAAUUCGAAGUAAAGGAAAAAACACCAAGAGAUUUGUAUUUUGUUCCUUGUAUGCUUGGAUCUGUCCACUUGUAAUAGUAACAGUAUCACAAAUAUUUGAGUAUAUUCCUGGAAAUCUUGGACUUUCUCCAGACGUUUACCCUCACCGCUAG